AUGAAAUUAUCAACUGUUUUAACUUUAGCUGUUUCAAUUAUUGGUUAUGCCUCUGCAGCACCAGCUCCAUUUACUCCAGACCCUGUCAACAAUGUUCAAUUCUUUGUUGAAUCAGAAAACCCUAAUGUCCAAGGCAAGAGUUUACACCAUCGUCAUGAAGGUGCUGCCGUUGACUUUGUUUUCUUAGGUGAUGCUCCAGCAACUUUCAAGUACGAUUAUAAGACUGAUGUUAUCACUGCUGAUGUUGGUACUGAAUAUCCACUUUAUUUCAGUGUUUUAAGUGGAGUUGAAUUUCCAACUUUACAAGUUUCUGCUGCUUCAAGUUACUAUACUAAAUGGGCUGUUGAAGAUGGUUAUUUGACUGGUAAUGGAUCAUCAAACUUUAUUGCGGCUAAAAAUACAGGUGACCCAUACAACUAUUCUAAAGAUAGUUUCCAAGUCGCAUUAUUCCCAGAAGGUGGUAUACCAGGACGUUACGUUACAGAUGUUACAGACGUGAAAAUCAAAGUUGUCUAUGUUUAA